AUGCAAGAUGGACGAGUGAUCAUGGGUAAUCUCGUCGGAUGGGACCAGCGAUCCAACAUCGUCCUCGCCGACUGUGUCGAGCGACGAUUUAGCCAAGAAAGCGGAGCCACAGACUCGGCGUUGGGUGUCUACAUGGUCAAAGGAGAUCAAAUAUGUUUGGUUGGCGAGGUCGACGCGGCUAUUGAGGAAGCAACAAGCUGGUCCGAAAUCAAAGUUGACCCUCUUCCAGCUGUACGCUACGGUGAUGCGUAG